AUGAAGAAAAAAAAAAAAACGAUAUGGAACUACUCAUCUACUGCGCCCCGAACGGACGAUUCUCAACAAAGUAACGGCUCCAUGAUUUACAAAAUUCAGAUGUGCAAAUACGCACUGAUAAAUAAGUGUGACCGAGGGGAAAACUGCACCUUUGCGCAUGACAUCAGCGAACUGAGGAUAAAGCCGGACAUGAGAAAAACGAAGUUAUGUAAAAGUUACAUACUAGGCAGAUGCAUCAAGGGGAACCAGUGCAGAUUUGCGCACUCCAUAAAUGACAUAAAUACGAAGCUGGUGCAGUUUUAUGAGGAGAACAUGCACGAGGAGGGAAUGGAUUUUUCUCACCUGAACAGCUGCCUGGAUUCAGUCAUCCCUGGGGAAUCGUCAACGCUGAACAGGGGAGGAAUCAUGGGAAGGGACCUGCGCAGCGGAGAACUGCUACACCUGACGCGCCAAGAAAAGCAAGGGGAGUGGAAACUAAGCGUGAACUUUAACGACGGCAGUUCCAACUCCUCAUGUGUCUCCAACCAACACGGGAGAGAAAACACAAGGAACGGAAACAGAACAAGCAACACAUCCAAAGGUAUGAACAGAGCAAAUCUGAUAAAAAACUCCUCAUGCACUGCCUUUUUAAAUAAUGACUUUCGCAAUUUGAGCUGUCGCGAGGGAGAAGUAGGAAAAGAAGCAAACGUAGGAAAAGAAGCAAACGUAGGAGAAGAAGCAGGCGUAAGAGAAGAAGCAGACGAAGAUCUGCUAAGUGUCAGAAAUGGAAGGUACACUAAAUUAUGUACAAUAAAUAUGAAAAUGAAGAAAAGUCAAGGGGGAGUCUAUCGAUAUGAUGAACAGUUACUCAUUCAGGAGGAUAAAGCGAAUUAUCCAUUAGAAGGAAAAUAUAAAAAAAUGAAUUACUCGCAAAAUAGAGAGCAGCAUUAUGGAAAUGGUUCCGUUGAAUCGGUGAGACAGAACUUCACGCCCCCCUUCAAUUUUCGCUCCAUCUUAUCCUUUAAUGGGGAAGAAGCCGGGGAGAAUAGGAACAGUAGUGGGAAGGUAGAUGACAGACGUGGUAUCAGUGGUGACGACUCGGUUAAGUACGGGCUGGCAAGAAACGUGCAAUGCAUGGGUGAGGGGUCUACGCUAGGGUUAGGCAACCAAGGUGGGACUGUGCGUGGGAUAAAAUUUCCGCAGGGGGAGGAGUUCACUAGAGUGCGAGAUUCGGGAAAGAAGGCGCUCUGUAGCGAAAGUAGCACAUUCAAGGAAGAAAAAAAAAAAAAAAGCCAGGUCAAGGGUGAUAAGGGGGACGGGUUGGUACAUAGUGCAGACCGCUUCAGCGUUCGGGGAGGUCUCUGCUGGGAGGGGAAAGCUUAUCCCAUGGAAAUGCUAUCCGGGAAUAGCGGUGUGGACAGCAACAGUAAGGGUAACGGAGGCAGGAAGCCACUGCACGGGGUGGACUGUGGCGUCGGGACCUACCCCUCGGAGUUGCAGCAGAGAGGGCCGAAUGACGAUCCGACGAGAACCACCCCCUACGACAGAAGGGUUUCCCAUUUUAUCCUCGAGGAGAACCCAUCCAAUGAGCUGAAGAAGGGAAAUAGAAAAAAUAACGAUGAGGAGAAACCUCACCUGGCUAGCUAUUACGAGUCCCCUUUGGCUAUAAGUAGAGAUGACGCGUUUGAUUUCAUGGGAGGUUCAUCACUCGUCCGGUUGGCACAGACAAGCGAUAAGGUGGCGAAUCGAAAUGCAUGCAGCACGUGUAAGACCUACCUGGCUGUGGACGCACAAAAGAUCAGAGGCCGUUUUGAUGGGGAAAAUGGAGAGUUGGACAGGGAGAGCAAAACUGGGGUUAUUCCAAGGAUGAGUAACCAAAAUAAAACGUUGAGCGUUAGGGAGAGUAGUGGUCCUCCUGAUGGAAGCACCCCUCAGAAGGGAAGGGAAGAAUUGUCGGAGAAGGCCAAACUGGUGAGGGGGAAAAACGAAGAAGGUGAUUACAGGGAUGAAGAGAAAGUGAGGGCGAAAGAGGAGGGCGCAGCUGUGUGUGCUUUUGCGCCGGGAGGGAACAAGAGGCUGCUGCACACGUUGGCACUCAACACAGGCAGAAGGAGCAUCGCAACGGGUGCCCACUCGCACAAGGGAUCGACUGCCUGUCUGCCCCAGUUGGAUAAGGAAAAUGAGAGUGGUAAGAGUGACCACAAUGGAGGUAACAACGAUGGGAACCAAAGUGGUGGAAACCAACAUGGUGGCAACCAUCAUGGUGCCUCGAAGGAAGGGUCGUCGGAGGGACUGACCCGAUACGGCAGUGGCAUGCAGGGUGGAAGCAACAGCCAGUAUGGCAGUAGCAGCACAGUGGAUAUGUGCGCGCAAAACUUUGAUGAAAUUUUUUUGGGAAGAGUGGAGGAGAGCGGAAUUGGAUCGGCCUGUCGGCAAAGCGGGGGGGCAAGACGCGGUUUGAUGGAAAGAGCAUCGUUGGGGGGGCAAGAAGACAAGAAGGGGAACCCCCAUAAGGGGGCACUCCAUGACGGGGCACUCCACAACGGGGCACUCCACAACGGGGCACUCCAUGACGGGGCACACCAUGACGGGGUACACCAUGACGGGGUAUACCAUAACGAGCUGCUAAAGUAUUUUGAGGAGAUGGAGCAGUGGAGCGGAUGUUCGGUGCUGGAGAGGUUGCGGACGGAAGAUGGAGACUUACAGAGGGGCGUCAGUGACGAGCAUGGUGAGGGUCGUAUGGACAGUCCAACUAAAUUGGGAGAGUACGGGGGGGCCAAGAACUAUGCCAACUUUAGGCCGUAUAACUUAUUUUCCCACUUUGAAGAGAACAAUCCCGGUGUGAGGAGGUUGCCGGAUAACUGUGGAUUGAAGAGCGCAUCCCACAGGUGUGUCUCCCAAGAUGAAGUACUCCUAGAGCGAACGGGGAAGGGCAGCAGCGGUAGCGACCGCGCCGGGAGGAAGCACCUCGCGAGUGCCUCGAGUGUUGCGAAUGAGAGGAGGGUAGCCGAACCAGUGCGCGGUGGGCAAAGGAAAGGGGAUGUGCCUGCUUACGCACUUGGCAGCAACGGCAGCAACGGUGGCAACGGCAGUAACGGCAACAACGGCAGUAACGGCAACAACGGCAGCAACGGCAGCAACGGUGGCACGAACAGUAGCCGAUACCGCAUGAAUUUGCGAGGCGAGUCCGUUAGGGAGAAGCGCUGCUGGAGGAGCGGAAGAAACGAAGCUCGAAGUGGCAACCUAACUGAUGACAGAGGUGGACGGUGCGCAAGAAGCGGCAACGGGGGAGAUUCACACGUGGUUGACUUGGAUGCAGUGAGUCAUGCACACCCGUUCUGUAACGGUGAAAGGAAGGUGAGUCGUGGCGGAGAACAGGAGCAGGUGGGCCCCGCGGAGUAUGAUCUUAGCGGUGGUUCCAUCCACGACCACCUAGGGGAGAAGCAAGGGGAGAAGCAAGGGGAGAAGCAAGGGGAGAAGCAAGGGGAGAAGCACACCGUGAGGAGUCUUACCACGCUUGAGCAUGGCAACCAAACGAGAGAAGAAGCAAAAGUACGAAUCGCCACAAAAGGAGAAAAAAAUAACAGCACUCUCCACCGUCAAGUAAGGGGCGACACUCCAUUGGACGCUCCAUUGAUGAAUAACUACCAUGAUGGAAGCUACGAUUAUUUGGUCCAUUCGAAUGAAGACAAGGUAAUAAAAAAUGAGCAGCAUCUACUCUACAGGUGGUUAGGUUUGUCCUCGUUAAAUGAAGGUUGCCCUAUGGGGAUGGACUCCGCUGGAGAAAUACCCCUCCUCCGGUUGGAAGAUGAAGAAUCGUACUUAGUAGAUUUAGAUGCGACGGGAGGCAUUGGGAAUGGCCUAUGGAGUGAGAAAGACAUGAGUUGUUGGUCCAAGAGGAGCAUAUCAAGGAGAAGCAUAUCAAGGAGUAGCAUGUCGAGGAAGAGCAUGCCAAGGAGUAGCAUGUCGAGGAAGAGCAUGCAAAGGAGAAGCAUGGUCAACAAUGGAGUAGAGUCUGAACUAAAGACCAAAGAGGAAGAGUUUUAUAACUCCAGUUUGGGCAGUAACAUCCAAGUUGGGUACGAAGAAAUGGGAAGCAACAACAUAUUUAUGGCUAAUUACAGAUGGGAUGAUAAGGAGGAGAGACUUGUGAGCACCGAUGAGGGGGCUGUCAGGAUAGGCAACACGAAGGCGGAGAUGAUGGGGAGUCAAUCGAGUAACCAUAGGAUGAUGCACAGGAAGAAGACCGAUGCUGAGAAAAAAGGGGACACCCAUUUUGAGAAGGGUGAUUAUUACUAUGGGGACUUAACGGAGAGGAAUAUUUUUUCUAGGCGUCAGCCUUGUGAAGGGGUGGAGCGGAGCUGCGGCAUGGGGGGGGGAGCGAACUUGAUGGACGACCUCUCCAGGGAUGGUCCGAAGUGGGAAGGUCAGAAGUGGGACGGUCGGAAGUGGGACGGUUCGAAGUGGGACUGUCAGAAGUGGGACGGUUCGAAGUGGGACGGUCGGAAGUGGGGCCAAGUCAGCCAUGCGCCGCUCGCCAGGGUUCACAUGGACGAUGGUCCAGCAGGUGGGUGCUCCAACGGGCUAGUAGGAGGCACCCGGAGCAGAGGCGCAAUGAACUUCUUGGGAAGUGACGCGGACAAGGAGAACAGAUCGGAUAGGGGGAGGAGUCACGAGGAACAUGAGAAUAAGGAGAGUCACCCAAGCCAUGCAAGCCACGCGCUGACAGCGGCCUUCCUCAACUAUGAGUACGAGAAAGGGAUCGAAGAUGACGUAGUGCGGAGUUUCUUGCAGGAGGGGAACUACUCCCCCGCGUACGACUGCCUGGACAGCUCUUGCUUUUACAACUUCCACGUGGGGGAUGGUGCGCUGAGCGGAAAGGAGAAAAACUCUCUGUAUGACGAUGUGGACGCCGCUGCACUUGACGAUGUGAACGCCGCUGCACUAGACGAUGUGGACGCCGCUGCACUAGACGAUGGCGCGUUCUGCAUCGACCUGUCAAAGGACCUGGACCUGCACUUCCUAAGCCAAGGUGGCUAG